UCUGAUUUUCACCUUCAACCGGAUCAUCAUUUUGUUUGUUUACUAAUUGUUUCUUUUAAUUGUAUCGGCGAAAUGAGUUGAGUUAUUUCAUAAUUAACUUUCUUUCUAUCAACUGGUUGGUUAAUUUAUUUGGUCUGAAAUGUUUAGUUUACGUUUGAAUUGUAAUCUAGUUGUAAAGAAAAUAGUAACCAGAGGUUUUCAUGUUACUCCAAUUGUCCAAUCUGAAUAUGAUAAAUUGUUUACCCAACCAGUGACUAGAUGGUCAGCCUUAGACAGAUUUAAGGAGAAAUUUGGCCUCUAUCGAUACGCUCGACCGACAAUGAAAGAUUCUUCAGUAUAUUUAUACUUAUCUGUCACUGAUGAUUUACCAAUUGUAAAUUUCAUGAAUCACUGUCAAUUACCUGAUACAUAUUUUUCUUGGUUUCUCGUCACUCAACUUCAUGUUUGGAUGAUUAUGGUCAAAUGUAACGCCGCUGGUUCCGAUGGUAAAUACAUUGCUCGAGAGUUCGUGGCAAGACUAUGGGAAGAUGCUCAUGAGAGGAUGAAAAGACUUGGGAGAUUUGAUGUCAAAACUCAAAAUGAAGUUCUAAAUACGCUUUAUGCGACAUUUAUUGCAUCACUAUUAGGCUUGGAUGAGGGUCUAUUAUCCGAUGAUAAAGUUUUAGCUGCAGCUCUAUGGAGACACUUUUUCACCUUUUCCGAUGUUGAUCCUGUAAUCUUGGAAAUGAUGGUUUCUUAUGUUCGCGUUCAGACUCUCCACAUCUCCAAGCUUAAUAAUGACUAUUUAUUAUCCCGAGGACGAGUGAUCUGGAAACCAUUUGAUCCAUUGAUUAGAAAGGAGGAUUUACCUAAAUUAAAAGUAGUCACCAAAUGAUAAUGAUAAUGAUUAGUAAUUAAAACUAAUCGUAAUUCAAAUCUCUCUCUCUCUCUUUUCUCUCUACUUUAAUUUCCUCUUGUAUACAUUUGUUAACCAUUAGAUAGUUUCUUAAAUGAUUGUUAUUAUUAAAUAGUCCCAAAUGUCUAAUCAACCAAUGGCUUUGAUUACGAUUAACCUUUGACAUGAUCUCUUUCUAACUAUUCCCAGUAUAAUUUCCUAAUGUAAAUCGAUUAAUUAUGAUGAGAAAUUUUUUAAUUGUGGUAAACACUUUUACCAUCAAUCGAGGUAAACACUAAACGAUAAACCACCAACCCAAAUGUAAUUCAAUUCACAAUUUCGACUGAUUUGAUUGUUCGUAUUUAUUGUAAGUAAUCAAUCGUGAGAACAGUUAAAUAUUAAAGGUAAAUAUAACAA